UUACGAAGAGAUGAGUCAUGUGGAACAUUGAAGCAUUUGUUUUGUUUUGUUUUUAUGGUCUUGUAGUGAAAUUUUUCGUUCAUUUUUAUUUUUUACUUACAAAAGUCAAUUAUUGGUCAACGUUCAGGGCAAGUUUAACUUUUGACAUCUUCGCCGACGAAAGAGACGUGAUGGAAGAGAAGAAGGAAGACCAAAAUCACCGUAAAAAGGAAGAAGAGGAGGAGGAGGAAGAAGGACCUCCUCCGGGAUGGGAAUCUGCAGUUCUUCCUCCUCCAACCGCCGCCGCCGUAAACCCCAAUCCCACCACCGCCGAAAUUCCCGAGAUGGCGCAAAUGGUAUGUGGAUCUUGCAGGCGUUUACUUUCGUAUCUAAGAGGAUCCAAACGCGUCAAGUGCUCCUGUUGUCACACUCUUAAUCUCGUUCUUGAAGCUAACCAAGUUGGUCAGGUGAAUUGCAACAAUUGCAAAGUGCUCCUCAUGUACCCUUAUGGAGCUCCGGCUGUUAGAUGUUCCUCCUGCAACUCUAUCACAGAUAUCAGAGAAAACAACAAACGAUCUCCAUGGUCUGAGCAGCAAGGACCACUCAAAAGUGUAAGCAGUUGUCAGGUGAGCAGAGAGAGUUAAAGCUUGAACUGGUUUGAUAACAAAAACUUGUCAUAAUGUUAAGAAUUAGAUUGAACAAAAUCAUUAAUAAUCAUUGGUUUCCCAUUCUUUCAGA